AUGAUGAAAGUGGAACAUGUUCGCCUUUUCCCCCAUUACAAGUAUCGUUCCAGGCGCCGACCGAAACCAGAAAUAGGGGCAUUGCCGCAGUCGACCGCCGUAGACUUUCCUAUCAGGACACAUCUUGGACCUGUGCAUAGAUCGAGUGAAGCCUCGAGGAAGAAGCACGAGCAGCCUCAACAACAUCCCUACAAGCGCCCCAAACUACAAGGAGCAUCAGCGAAUUUGGAAAGCCUUGACCCUCCCUCGUUCCCAGUCGCUGAGAAGAUCUCUCCGGUAGCCUCGGGAAGUACCCAACUGGCCUUUCCACCUGUAGCCAUGAACCCAGAGAAUGUAUUUUCUCCGCCGAUGCCUCCCGCAUACCCUCCACCCAGGCCGCAUGCAUAUUCUCCACACCUUUCCAACGAUGCCGCAUUAGAUCACCUUCCCUCAGACGCGUUUUCCUUUUCGCCUACAGACGGUCUAUCUACACGUAUCUACCCUCCGUCCUCUCUCUUUGACUCUUCGUUUGACAUGAGGGCUUAUCCAUCUGACGUGCCAUCAAAUGACUCAUAUGCGCAUCCUACGAUCCCCCCAGAAUCCUUUUCCUAUCCCUCGCAACCACAGCCGACACCGACCAUUCUGCCAGGGCAGCCGAUGCCAGCGUACGCUGCCUGGGGAUUCCCCUCUCAAGAAAAAUUCGAUGAUUGGCGGAGACAAUCGGUGUCUCACUAUCCACGAUAG